GCCUCUGAAUUCAAGUUCACUAUUCAACGAUCCUCCAUGUGGCAAUUCAUAGGUCGACAGGUUUCCUUCAGUUUGACUAUGGAAAUUCCCGAGUCGACACCACUAAAAGCCAAGAUCAAACUUCCACCUAAUGGCACGGCAAAACUACGACUGACACAAGUUAAAUUCGCCCUAGUGAGCGAAUACCUUAACGCGAGCAUCAACAAAACAACGUUGAUUUCCUCAGCUAGCGAUGGUUUAAAAGAUAUUGCACUGAUUGACCUUGGUGAUGUUACGAGGAUCCCAACUGACAGUAGCACUCAGAUUAAGAUCGAUUUCGAAGUGCAGUUGUUGAGUCACGUACAUAUCGUUAACGGCGGUGUGCAGUGGGUUAGUGUAGGCGUUCAGUACAUAAACCAGUCUGUCUGGGCAGCACAGUUAGCAGUCAAAACCAUCCAAUCAGCGGUCAGCAGGCCUGAUUUGAUGAUUUCAUUUUGGUCUGAUAGUGGCUGUAUGAGCGAUACGUUUGACAAGUAUGUGUACCGGUUUUUAUUAGUUUUCACCGUUAUCUGAAUAGAGUUUAAAGUUUUGCUUGUAGUUUAAAUUUACUGGAUAGCUGAAUCUACACAAAUCUUUUUGUUGUUGUUGUUGUUUUGUAAUGUAUUUUUGCUUUCUUCGAAAUAUAGGGGUGAAGUUAUUUAUCGCCUUAUCCUAUCUCAUUCGGACUUGACCACAGAAGAAGUGGCAAGCGGGAUGAUCGAAUGGCCUUUGCCUCCUGUUCUUCUACUAAAAACCUGGAACAAAGUUGAUGCGUCUAUUAAUGUGGAACUGGUCAAUGAAACAGACAGGGUCACUAUCAAGGUAAGAGAGGAUGAUUAUGAAUAUAACGGUUUUUCAUCUUAACACUGUAUUUAUCAUGGAGAAGAUGCUGGCUUUUGGUCUCACCGCGUUUUCUCUGUUGCUUCUCCAGUUUGGAAAAUUCAACUUUUCGGAUACCAUCGACCUUGAAGUAACAUUUAAUCUUGAUUUACACAAAACACACGCCGACGGCAAACUCCAUGAUUUAACAACGAACGUUAUUGUCAAGUAUAACGGCUCCCUGAACACAUGCAGCUCAUUUUCUGGUUCUCGUGAAUUCACCUUUGACGGCCCAACGACGACUUCUAUCACAUAUUAUGUUCCGCGUAAGUUAGAAGAUACAAGUCCUUUUAAAGGUCGAGUUUUCUGGGCAGGGAACAAGUAGAAGACCUUACAAAAUUUCCACUCUUCCAUUUGUAGAAUUAUUCUGUGACCUGCCGCUAGGCAUGAUGGAUGGUAGAAUUACUAAUGCCCAGAUAACCGCCUCGUCCCAUGCCACCGGCGGGGAGCCUAACCAGGGCAGACUCAAUAGCUCAAGUGCUUGGAUACCUUGGAACUUACUUGCGUAAGUCGUAAUACCAAUUUUCCAAAGCUUCAAAAUAGUUCAAGAGCCAUUCUCGAUACCUAUCGUGUCCCCAGUUCGGUCAACAAACUCUUCUCUUUUCCUCUCUACCACCAUGAAUCCAUUCUUUUUUUUCUUUUUCUUUUUUACAGAUUUCAUCACUAAUUCUGUUGUUGUUUUAUUUCUAUAUAAUUUGGUUACUGCUUACUCGAGCAGCAUCUAAUUUCUUUCUGUUGUUGACGUCUCGAACACGUUAAUGGAUGGUUGGUUCAUGAAUUAAACUUCAUUUGAAUUUCUUUCUUGCUUUUUUUCUUUUUUUCUUCUCUUUUCCAUUUUUUCUUUUCAUUUCAGGAAAGAUAAACAACAGUACCUAGAGGUUAAUUUCAACACCACAGUCAAAAUUGUCCGCCUCGUUACAAAAGGUCUUGGGAGAAGUUGUGUCAAAUCGAUAUCUCUGUGUUACAGCCAUGAUGGAGCUAUUUUUAAACGUUACAUGCAAGGAAGCGUGAACAAGGUACAAAAAGUGACCUUAGGCUGAUAUCAAGCUCAGUAUAACCUUGACAUGCUUUCUUAGUACAUAAUACUGCUAUGUGUAAUCAAAUUGUGACGAAUCAAAUUAGGAAUAAUUAAUAAUUACGUGAAUGUAUUUCCUAAUAAAAGGACCUUUAUGUUCUCUUGUUACCUAUUAAUAUCAUGGGUAAUAUCGUGGAGAUUUUGACAUGUUUAUCGUAUUGAUCCAAAACGCCACGCACUACAAAGUUUAGAGCUUAAAUUUUGGCUUAAGUUCAUAAUUUUCAGAACUUUUUCCACAAAAUACGUGAUAGAAUCCUUCUUGAGGUUUUCUAAAGCGUCUUUUAAUGCCCUGACCUCACGGGGUUUAAGGCCUGGGUCAAAGGUUUAAUGUUCUGAGCAUAUGAUUGCUUUGCAAUAAGGGAUACCUAGAAAUACAUGAAUUUUUCCCCAAAAGUAAAUCUUGAAGUCAUCUUGUGCCUUAGCGUUUAGUUAUGGUCACGUGACAUUUCACCUGACCAUAAAUUGAAAAUGAAGGAAGUUGGCGAAUUGGUGGCGAAUUUUAUGGUAAAUAUAUUGGUGUUUCUAAUAGAAAGUAAACAUACCUUACUUUCUAAGUUUGGAAUUAAUUUACGAAAAGUUCAAAAUUAAAGUUUUAAAUAAUUCAAAAUGAUUUUUUCUCUCUUAAUUUCUAAUUGAAGUGGAAUGGACAGUUAUUCCAAGCGUAAAGUGCUAGAAAUACGCAAUAUAAAUGAGAAACAUGUUAUUGCUAGUCAAAAGAUUUCUUUUCUUAAACCCGCCACCAAUUAUUUAAGAUUUUGUAGAAUAGAACAAUGGUCUCGUGACAUAUUACGUGACUUAUUAACAAAACAUUUAUACUUUAAAAUGUUAAGGACGAUGAGUUCUUCAUCUGUGCCGAAGUUAUAGCCAAUAAAUCAUUAUCAAUUUGGUGCAGUGCGACUGACUAAAAAGAUAGCACAAGUAACAAUUAUUCCUAGAGCCCGAAUGAGCUCUGAGUCAAUAGCCCAUUAGUAAAAUCCAACUAGUUGGUCAAAAAUAUCAUGACAAAACAACUUUCGCUGGCAAAACCUGAUUCAGCCGCCAUUGUUUUGGUUUUCAAAGCCCGCGCUUUUCGCUACUAGUAGGCUAUAACAUAUAGCCUAGUUGUAGCUCAACCAAUCAGAACGCAGCAUUGAUAAGGGACGGAUCAUUAGAAAAGUGAUGGGGGGGGGGUGGGGAAUUUUCAGCUUGCACGAAUUUUUUUUUUCGCUCACUGCUUGUGCAGGAAUUUUUUUCUCUCAGGUGAAACCCUCUGCACGAAUUUUUUUUUCAGACAAAUAUUGCUUUUUUUUUUAACACUGAAAUCUUGAUUCAUUAUCUAUGUUUGUGUGCUUUAUAAAUUAUUCUACACUCACAACAGAUCAAAGGAUACAGGCCACUUUAAUGCAAAAUCUUUUCGAAAAUGUACACACAGUGAGAGAGGAGGAAGCCACUUGGAGUGGACGGCUUCCCUGUGCAUUUUUUCAGUCCCUGCCAUACUCCAUACACCAAAACAGCCCCGGUAGUGCCCUCCACUCAAAAAUGUCAAUCCAAAAAGAAGGUACCUGUUUAGUAAAAGUGAAAUAUUAAAAUGAUUGUUAAAAGUUAUUUAAUUUUUAUGGUGCUCUGUAAUAACUUAAAUAAACUUAGGCUACAUUUUACUAAAAAAAAUAAAAUAAAAGUCAGACUCCCCUUUCGUGUGAGAGUUCCACAUAGUCUGGUAGCUGGCUGCAUUAAGAAAUAAGCGUUGACAGGCCAAACACGACUCAUAAGCUCGUGAUAAUGUGAAACGUGACCUUGAGAGUCUGCUUGAACAGUGGUUCUAUUUCUUUUUCUCUCUUGCGCGAAGGUUACUAGCACUACACAGUGCAUGACUUGUAGCAUUCUAAACUUUGACUGAGUAAAUCUUGUUUUUGCCGCACUAAGUCUUAUAUUUAGAGGUCAUAAAGCAGGUUUGUUACAUGCAUACUGAGUAAUCAUUUCCUGUAGUUUAUGCUUCUGUAGGUGUUCCUGAUAGGAUUUGAUUUCAGAUGCAGUUGUAAAGUGUCUAAAUUUUCUUUGACCUCUGUUAGUUACGGCUGAAUAAAGAUUUUAGUUUUUUGGUUUUCUCCGAAAUGACUGUAUCUGAAUAACUACAUGCAUGCAUGCAUGCAAGUUUCUUUGUCCGUGAAUGUGAUUAUUUCCUGCCAUGUCAGUAUGACUCUGGGCCCAGCUCUAUAAUGUGGUUUGCAGGAUUUUGAAUUUCCACGGAUAGUGCGGUCUUCAGAUUUGAGUUGUACACUGUAGCUUAAACUAAAGCUACACCAAGUUUGGAUAAAUAUGCCGUGCGUCAGUCAAGAUAAUUCUCUUAGCGCUCACACAGUCCAUUUAGUUUUACUUAACAUAGUGAGUCUUUGAACUAGAGCGCAAUGUCUUGUUGUUCCUUCGUAGGUAUUUACUUAAGUUUUUGCUUAACAGUCGUCUAUACGACUGCUUUGAAUUCUUAAGCAAGACUGCAGUUUCGGAACUAUAGCGUUCCUCGUCAGUUGCUACUAUGGUAAAGUCUUAGGUACAGAGAGCGAAGCAGACUGUUUAAAUUCUGUGACCUGCCGCUAGGCAUGAUGGAUGGUAGAAUUACUAAUGCCCAGAUAACCGCCUCGUCCCAUGCCACCGGCGGGGAGCCUAACCAGGGCAGACUCAAUAGCUCAAGUGCUUGGAUACCUUGGAACUUACUUGCGUAAGUCGUAAUACCAAUUUUCCAAAGCUUCAAAAUAGUUCAAGAGGCAUUCUCGAUACCUAUCGUGUCCCCAGUUCGGUCAACAAACUCUUCUCUUUUCCUCUCUACCACCAUGAAUCCAUUCUUUUUUUUUUUACAGAUUUCAUCACUAAUUCUGUUGUUGUUUUAUUUCUAUAUAAUUUGGUUACUGCUUACUCGAGCAGCAUCUAAUUUCUUUCUGUUGUUGACGUCUCGAACACGUUAAUGGAUGGUUGGUACAUGAAUUAAAUUUCAUUUGAAUUUCUUUCUUGCUUUUUUUUUUCUUCUCUUUUCCAUUUUUUCUUUUCAUUUCAGGAAAGAUAAACAACAGUACCUAGAGGUUAAUUUCAACACCACAGUCAAAAUUGUCCGCCUCGUUACAAAAGGUCUUGGGAGAAGUUGUGUCAAAUCGAUAUCUCUGUGUUACAGCCAUGAUGGAGCUAUUUUUAAACGUUACAUGCAAGGAAGCGUGAACAAGGUACAAAAAGUGACCUUAGGCUGAUAUCAAGCUCAGUAUAACCUUGACAUGCUUUCUUAGUACAUAAUACUGCUAUGUGUAAUCAAAUUGUGACGAAUCAAAUUAGGAAUAAUUAAUAAUUACGUGAAUGUAUUUCCUAAUAAAAGGACCUUUAUGUUCUCUUGUUACCUAUUAAUAUCAUGGGUAAUAUCGUGGAGAUUUUGACAUGUUUAUCGUAUUGAUCCAAAACGCCACGCACUACAAAGUUUAGAGCUUAAAUUUUGGCUUAAGUUCAUAAUUUUCAGAACUUUUUCCACAAAAUACGUGAUAGAAUCCUUCUUGAGGUUUUCUAAAGCGUCUUUUAAUGCCCUGACCUCACGGGGUUUAAGGCCUGGGUCAAAGGUUUAAUGUUCUGAGCAUAUGAUUGCUUUGCAAUAAGGGAUACCUAGAAAUACAUGAAUUUUUCCCCAAAAGUAAAUCUUGAAGUCAUCUUGUGCCUUAGCGUUUAGUUAUGGUCACGUGACAUUUCACCUGACCAUAAAUUGAAAAUGAAGGAAGUUGGCGAAUUGGUGGCGAAUUUUAUGGUAAAUAUAUUGGUGUUUCUAAUAGAAAGUAAACAUACCUUACUUUCUAAGUUUGGAAUUAAUUUACGAAAAGUUCAAAAUUAAAGUUUUAAAUAAUUCAAAAUGAUUUUUUCUCUCUUAAUUUCUAAUUGAAGUGGAAUGGACAGUUAUUCCAAGCGUAAAGUGCUAGAAAUACGCAAUAUAAAUGAGAAACAUGUUAUUGCUAGUCAAAAGAUUUCUUUUCUUAAACCCGCCACCAAUUAUUUAAGAUUUUGUAGAAUAGAACAAUGGUCUCGUGACAUAUUACGUGACUUAUUAACAAAACAUUUAUACUUUAAAAUGUUAAGGACGAUGAGUUCUUCAUCUGUGCCGAAGUUAUAGCCAAUAAAUCAUUAUCAAUUUGGUGCAGUGCGACUGACUAAAAAGAUAGCACAAGUAACAAUUAUUCCUAGAGCCCGAAUGAGCUCUGAGUCAAUAGCCCAUUAGUAAAAUCCAACUAGUUGGUCAAAAAUAUCAUGACAAAACAACUUUCGCUGGCAAAACCUGAUUCAGCCGCCAUUGUUUUGGUUUUCAAAGCCCGCGCUUUUCGCUACUAGUAGGCUAUAACAUAUAGCCUAGUUGUAGCUCAACCAAUCAGAACGCAGCAUUGAUAAGGGACGGAUCAUUAGAAAAGUGAUGGGGGGGGGGUGGGGAAUUUUCAGCUUGCACGAAUUUUUUUUUUCGCUCACUGCUUGUGCAGGAAUUUUUUUCUCUCAGGUGAAACCCUCUGCACGAAUUUUUUUUUCAGACAAAUAUUGCUUUUUUUUUUAACACUGAAAUCUUGAUUCAUUAUCUAUGUUUGUGUGCUUUAUAAAUUAUUCUACACUCACAACAGAUCAAAGGAUACAGGCCACUUUAAUGCAAAAUCUUUUCGAAAAUGUACACACAGUGAGAGAGGAGGAAGCCACUUGGAGUGGACGGCUUCCCUGUGCAUUUUUUCAGUCCCUGCCAUACUCCAUACACCAAAACAGCCCCGGUAGUGCCCUCCACUCAAAAAUGUCAAUCCAAAAAGAAGGUACCUGUUUAGUAAAAGUGAAAUAUUAAAAUGAUUGUUAAAAGUUAUUUAAUUUUUAUGGUGCUCUGUAAUAACUUAAAUAAACUUAGGCUACAUUUUACUAAAAAAAAUAAAAUAAAAGUCAGACUCCCCUUUCGUGUGAGAGUUCCACAUAGUCUGGUAGCUGGCUGCAUUAAGAAAUAAGCGUUGACAGGCCAAACACGACUCAUAAGCUCGUGAUAAUGUGAAACGUGACCUUGAGAGUCUGCUUGAACAGUGGUUCUAUUUCUUUUUCUCUCUUGCGCGAAGGUUACUAGCACUACACAGUGCAUGACUUGUAGCAUUCUAAACUUUGACUGAGUAAAUCUUGUUUUUGCCGCACUAAGUCUUAUAUUUAGAGGUCAUAAAGCAGGUUUGUUACAUGCAUACUGAGUAAUCAUUUCCUGUAGUUUAUGCUUCUGUAGGUGUUCCUGAUAGGAUUUGAUUUCAGAUGCAGUUGUAAAGUGUCUAAAUUUUCUUUGACCUCUGUUAGUUACGGCUGAAUAAAGAUUUUAGUUUUUUGGUUUUCUCCGAAAUGACUGUAUCUGAAUAACUACAUGCAUGCAUGCAUGCAAGUUUCUUUGUCCGUGAAUGUGAUUAUUUCCUGCCAUGUCAGUAUGACUCUGGGCCCAGCUCUAUAAUGUGGUUUGCAGGAUUUUGAAUUUCCACGGAUAGUGCGGUCUUCAGAUUUGAGUUGUACACUGUAGCUUAAACUAAAGCUACACCAAGUUUGGAUAAAUAUGCCGUGCGUCAGUCAAGAUAAUUCUCUUAGCGCUCACACAGUCCAUUUAGUUUUACUUAACAUAGUGAGUCUUUGAACUAGAGCGCAAUGUCUUGUUGUUCCUUCGUAGGUAUUUACUUAAGUUUUUGCUUAACAGUCGUCUAUACGACUGCUUUGAAUUCUUAAGCAAGACUGCAGUUUCGGAACUAUAGCGUUCCUCGUCAGUUGCUACUAUGGUAAAGUCUUAGGUACAGAGAGCGAAGCAGACUGUUUAAAUACUAAUGGCUAGGAUCGAAAAUACUAACUUGCCAUUGGCUGCAAAAGGGACCAAUAGCGUAGGUGUAUCUUUGAUCCGCGUUCUGUUGUGCUUCCUUCAAGGCCACGAGUUGUUUAUUCAUAUUGUGCCUGCUAAUAUUUUUGAUUUCUGAAACUCAGACUUUCUGAAAAAGUCACCAUUGGACCUUCCUUGCGCAUGAAUUUUUUUCUUUACCUUCUUCUUUGCAUGAAUUUUUUUUCUUGGCAUUUUCCCUUGCAUGAAUUUUUUUUUGUUUUUUUCCCCCCCCCCCCCCCCAUCACUUUUCUAAUGGUCCGUCCCUAAUAGACCACUAGUUGGAUUUUACUAAAUACAUAUAUAUGUCUCUCGAAGAAUAUAAACUGCAUUUUGAAGAAUACAUAAACUAAAAAGUAUCCAAAAAAUCAGAAUACAGUUUAAAAUUCAGAUUUCAUAAGUUAUGGAAAAUUAUGCAAAUCUCGAUGUUUGUAAUCCCCCAAUUUCUGGCUGCACGUGACGUCACGGCGGCCAUGUUGAUGGUUUAGAACAAAAUCAUUUCUCUCCUCUGCGAACUAAACUAUAUUUUCUAGUCAAUUCUUCGAGAAAAAAUUAUUCUCUAUUGACCUCCAACAUGGCCGCCUUGUCACGUGGUUUCAAACCAAAAGUAGCUCGCCCCUUGGCCAAAAACUCCCUCUUCUACUUGUAGCUACUUAAUUCUUUAUAGCUUACUCAGUUUCGCCCAAUAAGAGUUAAUUUGCAUACAACUAGAAUUAAAGUUAUUAUUGGGCGAUUUCUAAUCAUUAUCAUACUACUGUGUGUUUUCAAAGGAUCUACCGGCUAACAAUAAUUGCGAUUGUGCGGCCGUGAUUAUUCUUCCCACACCAUUUGAAGCUGUGUUUGUUCGCAUUAAUCCGACCUCCUGGCAAAACAGCAUUGCCCUGAAAGUUGAGUUUUAUGGAUGCAGACUGGGUCAGCCUGCUAUUCCAGGUAAAAUGGAAAGCAACCCAAGUUUUACUAGAGUAACAGUACCUACGUGUAUUGCAGCAUCUAGCAAUAUUAUAUUUCAGCGAACAAGUGACAUAUCGUAUUGGUAAACACAUAAUUUGAAGUGCACUUUGUAUUGAAUGUGGAAUUUGUGAUUAAUAAAGUUAUAGUUCAUAUAUGUACGAUAUACGUACAUAAUAAUUCGGUGUUUCGGUUGUUUGCGUUAUAUACAAACUGACAACUCUCUUAGAAAAGCAUGAACCUCCACACCUACAACAACUGCUUCAAAAGUUAAGAAGUACUCACAAACGUUCAUAAAGUUCCUUUACAGUUAAUUUUUUCUUUUUAUGUUUAGAAUCCUCUUUUUGGGCACCCCCCGCAAACCUCAAACGUCCUUGGAUUUCUUAAACUCGAGCUUUUUAUUUGCAUUUUUUUUGUAGCUGGUCUUAAUUUUUUCCUUCAAUUAUUGUCCCAUCAGCAUUUCAGAGGUUUUCCUCAACUUAUCAAGAUCUCACAAUGACAAUUUUUUUUUUACUACUUGCGAAGGUUCCUUGAAGUUUACAAGUCGCGGAUAUUACUUGGACAAAACAAGGGACAUCAUGUACAUUUGUAACGUGAAAUGGUGAGAUCUUCCAUCCACUAAACAGAAGGCUAGCUUGUAGCUUCUUUCUUCUGCUAUUUAGUUUUUAGAGAUAAAAAGUUCGUAAGCAAGAACAAACCAGAAGAAGCCUCUAUGUACUUACCGAUGAUAUACCUACCCACCCCACCUCCACACCCCCUCCACUGUUUUUUAAAUUUUUGACUGGGACUACCUAACGAAAAUCUUUUAUCACGGCUGGAAGGAACUCCCUAAAAUCAGUGAAGAUACCAAGUUUGAAAAUGAUUUGGUGAAAACUUAAGAGGCAGUUGAUAUACAGACGAGGCAUCCUUGUACUUUAAAUACCGAUAAUAGACCCCACCAAUUUUUGACCGGAACCAUUCAAGGAAAAUCUGUCAUCACGGAUGGAAGGAACUCCAUAAAAUCAUAAAUGCGAACGCAUAAAGCAGCCUUUAAAUGCCUUCUACAAAUAAACUUCUGUUUUUGCGAUUUUAUAAAUAAAGAAAUUUUGCAAACAUUAACCACAGCUACCUUUAUUUCAGGGAGAAGUCUAAUAGGCCAUUUCCGAGUUCCAAAAGAUUUCACUUUCAAAAAAUGAGAAAAUGAAAAUGAGUUUUAUCUGCAUGAUCAGACAAAAAAUAGUCAUUUUCAUAUCAGUGGCUUCGCACUUAGCCUUGCUUUGAAACUGGGUCUUGCGAAAACUCGGAAAUGGCCUAUUGCAUUAGCUAUCCGCCAUUACUAAAUUCUGACCACUUGAAUGAGAGAAAGAGUUGGCCCGAGCGUGAAACUGACGUCAUUUUCUCACCAGUGUAAAAUUGAACUGUCUGAACAUUUAAACGCCACUAAUGCGCUAUUCAGAAGGCUAGUUUAAGGUUCUGGAAGCUCAAAAUACCACGAAGCAUACUGAAUAAGCCUGAUUGAAAGAGGUCAGUUCUUUAUUUCACUCUUUGAAAAAAUAUAUUUCAUGUCUUCCAAGCUAUAUUCAACUUUCCCAUUACCACAUGGCUAGAGCAGAAUUUAGUAAACUCGGGUAGUCGAACCAACAAAUAAUUCAGCUAAAAUAGAUUUAACUAUCCUUGGCAAAGUAAUAGGCCACCGUUAACUUAAGUACACUUGGAUCUUCGUGUUCAAGAAUUUGUCUGCCACCGCCGACAGGAGUGACGACAAGCUAGUUCUUGCAACGUCUGAAUUCUGUUGUCAGUGCCAGUCUAGCAUAGAAAGCAGUUGAAAGGGUGGAAAUUUUCUACUGCUCUUGCAGUUCAUGUAAAUAGCAAAAGACAAAGAGGAAGUCAAAUUAACGGAAAGUAAUACACACAGCGGCUAGUUGAUUCAGACGUCCAAUUCAAAUGUAGGAGUAUGGGACUCGAAGAGGGUAGCUAAAAUUCACUCCAUCUUGUAGGUUAAAUUUGGCACUUCGCAUUAACUAUAAGUACUUUUCCCGUCAAUGUUUCAGCAAGGAGCAUUCAGAGCAUUCGCCCAACUGUUUUUUUAGCAGGGACAUGGGUGCUUCGUGGACAGGUUUGUCUCCAUCUUCUGCUUUUCUUAAUUACUGAGUUUCUUUUUCGAAUUAUUCUUUUUUUUUCGUAGAAUUGUUUUUAUCAUUGGGACACUAUUAUUAAAAUAUAUGUUUUUAACAAAGUUAGAAUUGUCUGUGGUAAAGAAUUCAUAUUUGACAUUCGUCGAAGCUCAGACAAAUCGCUGCAAGAAGAUAUAGAUUCUCGGUGGGUUUUAAAUGUUGACUUUUGUCUCAGCGCGUAAAAUGGCCACGGCAUAAAUUUCAGUCUCCCUGAUUGUUAUUAACCAUAGUUAUUCUAUAUUAUUAUUACAAUGACAAUCUACGCUAUAUUGUUCGUCACACGAUAUCAACUAUUAACAAGUAGCUCCACCAUUCCCAACAAGACAUUUUAUGAAGAAUACGUGUUUGGUUCGUGUAAUUGGUAUGUCUCGUUAGUAGUAUAGUGGGGACCGGUUAGAUCCGCUUUGUGGCGGUGGAAUGUCGUUAAAGAGGAAGACUGGGGAAAAAUUCAUCUGCCUAGAGAUAACUAUAGAAAACCUAUCCAACGGGUCAAACCACUCAAGUACGGCACAAUAUUUUAUCUUGACGAUAUGUUAUCGCAUUUUAUUUAUGACACAAGGACGCCGCAAGUUAAUGAUAUUCCUAGGCAAAAAAGGGUUUAACCGGUCUCUACUUCACUACUCUUACUUACCUUCUUUCCCCUAGAUAUUGUCGAUUUCGGAGUUCUGUGAAUCGGAAUACAGCUAAAGGAAUCCGGAAUUCCGACUAGAGAAGCGGAAUCCACUUUAUGGAAUCUGAAAUCUAAGGCUUAGUAUCCGGAAUCCUUGAUUAUCUUGGAUUUCCGUGCAUAAGGCGAUUCUUUUGAGCUACCGUAAAAUUCCGAAAAUAAGCCCCUCCAAGUAUGAGCCCCUCCAAAUAUAAGCCCCCCCAAACCAGUGACGCAAAAAACCCUCCGUUAAAUUGCCCCUCCAAAUAUAAGCCCCCCGGGGGCUUGUACUUGGAAAAUUGCCCUCAAAUACAAAAUAAAACAAAGCAAAAACGGUAAAUUUACCAACUAUAAGGCUAGCGCAAUCGAUUUGUAAACGCAAACUUACCUCCAUAGAUAAGCCCCUCCGAAUAUAGGCCCCUCCAAAAAUAAGCCCCUAAAAGAGGGCCAUUGAAAAGUAUAAGCCCCGAAGCUUAUUCGGAAUUUAACGGUAUAUGCUUGUCCCUUUUCAGCUAUGCAUUGGAAUAUAAUUUCUAUUCUUGGCCAUGACACGGUGGAAAACAUUUUGUACGGAGUAACUGCCAACGGAAGAACAAUUUUGAAAAGCACUCAAGGUCAUUCGUCAGAGUUCAUUACUGUUCCAGUGAGUGACUGGGAUACCGUUAAUGUCAAAGGCACAACAAAUCUUGCUGUUAUGAUUGGAAGUGAAUUGAUAAUUAAUGACACCAACAAGACACCACCACCUGAGCAUACAGUAACGUCAACCAGCGGCACCAAGUGGGGAGGUAUAAAACUUGAAUACUGGAUCGGAGUAAUUCUAGUUAAAAGUAUGCCAUUCAGCGUUUCCACGCGUUUCCUUCCGUGUAAUUGUUGGGAUUAGAGCAAUAGUUUCUAUAACACCAUCGUGAAAAAUGUCAUUUUUUUAUGUGCUGAAUGAUGAUGGACAAAUGGAGCACCAGGUAGCCUGGGAAUAUUUAGCUCUAACCUACGCCACGCUCAGAUAGUAGGGAUGUCGCGAAAUCAGGGUCAACAGAAAAUAGGGCUCACAUCAUCUGCCCUAACCUUAGCCACAGACGAGAAAAAAACUUUUGAUUAAGUCCGUCUAGGAGACAGCGUGGAAAUAACUCUAUUUCUGGGUUCCCACCAAAGUGCCAAGAUUUGAGUGCGAGCAAUGAUUGGGGCUAUUAAAAAAGCCACUUUCCGUUUGCCAAUCGGGUCUCGAAUACUACCACGAAGCAAAAAAAGAAAAAAGAAACUCAACGUUUUUCGAAAUAAUGGAUCUUUCACAUGUUUCUUUGUAGACGAUAAACACCACAGCCGGAGAGCGAGCGAAGAACUACAACACAAAAAUCUCACUAGCAUUAAAAAUAAAAUUAUUCCUCUUCCCUUUCUUUAUAUUGCAGUGUCAUCGCUUGGUGUUCACGUGGAAGAAUUAUUAAAGUGGAAACUUAAAGCAACCUGGAGCUGCCACGGUUAGUAAAUAACUUUCCAAGAUACAUGUACCUCAGUGGCUUUAGAGGAGUUAAUAUGGAGCACUUUCUGAUGGGUCAACAGAGAGUGCUAAAGAACCUCAGAAAGGACUUUCCAUGUAGAUAUUCGCUUGUUAUAUAUGGAUGAGACAAUCAUCCUUCUACCAUAGUUUUUGAUCCUCGAUCUGAAAUACUUAAGUGAUAUCAGUGAUGGGUUGCUGCUAUUGAUGACUGAAAAAGGGUGUGUAUUUCUCCCCUCCGGGAAGGGGGCGUAGUACCAAGUUGUAGUCGGCUUAUGAGACACUUGUAUUUCAUUGUUUGCAAUCGACACUGCAAGAAGCUAAAAAGAAUAACACUUAAAAACUUCGGAGCAAGAUGCCCCGAGAUUUACCCAUGAAGGUCUGCUUUUGUACAUUAGGUUGUUUUCCUUGUCAUUUCGACUUUGAAAGUGGAAGUCUUGAUGGUUGGACUAAGUCUGGCACUGCGUUUAAUAAUCAGCCAACCUAUGGGGACAACCCAACAGCACGUGGCAGAGGGCAGCCUGCAAACCAACAGGGAGAUUGGUGGAUCGCGAGUUUUGAAAACCGUCCCGGUCCAAGUUUUCCAGCAGGAUUAUCUCAAGACGACGGACCACAGGGAACUGUCGCAUCCCCACCUUUCACCAUCGUUGCCAGCGGCAAGAUGUCUUUUUUAAUUGGGGGAGGGUGUGACAUUAAUCUCGUUCGAGCGGAGUUGGUUAUCAACAACAAGGUGAACAAGUGCAUUAAAGAUUUAUUUAUAUAGACGAGUUACUUUGUCCGCAAAAACCUGGUACAGUCAAACACCAUAUUCAAUCUCGAUUGAGAUUAUCUUCUCCGGUGAAGAGGGGAGGGGGGGGGCAGGGUCGGGGCUCCCUUAUAUGGGCUUAAUAGUUAUGUGUCACCAGACAGGGCAUGGUUUCUAAGGGUCUCGAUCCUUUAUAAGAGUAUCAUUCUUUCCCUUGUUGGCGUUGUGUUCCCGGUGUGACCCUUAGGUAGGGCAGCCAAAUUGUAUCUGGUAAGAUUGAAAUGUAUAAAUGCCAAGUUAGAGGAAAAUCAUCAUCUCAUCCCUCAGCGUAUUAAGAAGGGGAUCCUGAAAGCGAUUCAUUGGAUAUUUAUGUGCUACUAUUAGGUUCUUUAUUUUCCCUUAAAUAUAUGGUGUCAUUUUCCAGGUUUGGUCCUUAAAUAGGGAACCAACUUUCAUUUGUCUCAUCCUUUAACAGGAGCUAAUAGCGUCAGGGUUUAAGACCGUGCUCCAGGUGUGGUUUUUGUAUGAGAAGGAUUUUGUUUUUACAUAGCUUCAAGUCUAGUUUAUUUUUUGCAGGUGGUGAGAAAAGCAACUGGAAAAUGUACGGAGACCAUGGCUCGUCAGACGUGGGAUGCAAGUGAAUUUGUCGGUCAGAAAGCCUUUCUUCGCUUAGUGGAUGCCUAUUCUUACGGCUGGGGCCACAUCAACUUUGACGACCUACGCGGAGAUAUAAACUUUGUGUAUUGCCACAUUUAUUAA